UUCCAGAUUAACCGGGUGCGGGGCGUAGACAGGAAGAAGCUGGAGUCGGAAGUCGACGUUCCGCUGCUGUCGAGCGGUUUAGGGACCCCGUGCUUACAGUGAACUGCAGGGGCAUGCUUGGCUGGUAGAGGUUCCGGUGGGAGACAUGGCGGAGAAAUUCGACAACUUAGAGGAGCACCUGGAGAAGUUCGUGGAGAACAUACGGCAGCUGGGGAUCAUCGUAAGCGACUUCCAGCCGAGCAGCCAGGCUGGCCUCAACCAGAAGCUGAAUUUCAUGAUCACAGGAUUGCAGGAUAUAGACAAGUGUCGUCAACAGCUCCAUGACAUAACCGUACCCUUGGAAGUGUUUGACUACAUUGAUCAAGGCCGAAAUCCUCAACUUUACACAAAAGAAUGUUUGGAAAGAGCAUUAGCUAAAAAUGAGCAAGUUAAAGGGAAAAUAGAUACAAUGAAGAAAUUUAAAAGCCUUUUAAUCCAAGAGUUAAGCAAAGUUUUUCCUGAAGAUAUGGCUAAAUACAAGGCAGUCCGAGGAGAAGAGCAGCCGCCCUCGUAAUAACUUCACAUGAUAUAAACUGAAUUUACAUGUGUAAGAUUCCAGCCAUGGUCUGAGGGACUAUCACUGGAAGAUCUCUUGUGAUAACAGACAUAUCUCACCACUCAUUGCCUGGAGUCUAGAGAAAUGAACAGAGAUGUAUGUGCCAUACCGACUGUAAUGUUGAGUGAAUGGUGCUGGUUCUUGCUAUAAAGGGUUCUUCCAAACCCACACAGCACUAAAUUCAAGUGAAAUCAAGACAAAUAAAUAAGUUAUUGGA